CAUCGCCGCCCGCUGCACGUGCGAGCCCGCGCGCCUGGGCGCCACGGCCGCGCGCCGCCGCCGGCCACUCAGGAGGCGGUAUUCAAAUCAAUGCCCGGCGGCAGCCAAUCAGAGGGGAGGGGGCGGGGCCUCGCUCCCCGCGGUUCCCACGGAGAGCUUCAUUGAGGGGGGAGCUCGGCGGGCGGCGACGUGCUGGGAGCCGUAGGGAAACUGAGCUUCUUCUGCUGCUGUUUCUUCCUCCUUUUUCUCCUGGCUGGCCCCUGCCAAUAGCCCAUCAGCCAAAGAUCUUCGUCUCUGCUAUGCACAAUGUCUGGUUCAGUGGAUGACAUGCCUUGCAUGAACUUUGAAGCCAACAUAUUUGCAAAGAGCCUGUGCCAGCACUGUUUCCGAGCCGCAGGGGCUCACCAGCAUGCUAUCCAGGUGAGCUCCUCCAUCCCACCUGCAGGCUAUGGACACUUCAAUAGGGGCCUCUUUGGUCUAUACCCCGACCCCACCUGCCUUUUUAGAGAUAAAAAUCCCUAAAAUAAAGGCUCAGCCAGGAUUUCUAGAUUUCUUGGUGGGGAAAAACCUCUAUGGGCAGAGAGGUUUCUUUCCAGGCAUAGGAAUGCUUCAUUUCCCUGUGCCAGACCAAAGCCAGGAACCAAGCUUAGCAAAGAGGUGUUGGACGCUGGAUACAAGGGGCUUGAUAGACCCUGGAAGGGAAAGCAGGGGUGUCGCAGAUGCAAAGCGACACGGAGGGAAUUGGAGACUGGCAGAGCAGGGACCCACCCUGUAUUAAUCUCUGCUUGACGCUUGCUGGCAUUUACAGCUUUGCCUCACCUUAAAUAUGGUCCUGGUCGAUUCUCUGUGGCCUCAGCUGUUGGCUUGGAGCCAGGGCUCGGUUCUGUCCCUGAGGCAGCUUCAGCAAGCUGUUCCCGGAGGAGAAGGCAGGAAAGGGAUAAAUCUCAUGGGGUUUUGGGCUCCAGAUACCUUGACCCAACACGAUCUUUUGGGACAGAGCUGGACACACAAGCUACUUGGCUGUCUCCGACUGGGCGACAGCUGGUUUCAUGUUCACAGCGGGUUUCGUGUUGUUUGACGUCCUCCAGGAGCAACUGGCCAGGGAUGAUGAAAUAGUAAUGAGCCUCCCUCUCUCUUUCUCGCCCUCUCCCCCUCUCCUACUGGCCUUGAGCCCUCUAAGGUUACCUCAGCCCUUCACCCUCGAUCUGCUCAGAGCUGUCACCUCUGAGCGAAUCCUGGUGCGGGCGAGACGCUGGAGGGAAGGCGGCGCAGACAGCCGGCUCCUGGGAGCCUCCCCCACUGCUGCUCAUAAGCCCUGCAGGUAACGGGGCUCAGGGAGGAUGCUGAGACGCCUGCAAGCCCUGACAGAGACAGGCAGAGGCUGGGACUACAGCCUUUUCUGCAAAAAUCAUCCUUCCUCUUGACUCCACUGCCUCUCCCUGAGCUAUCCAGCUGGUCAGUGCCAACAUAGGGGGGCAGUUUCCUUGAGCCCUCAUCCACACAUGCAGUCUCUGGGAUGUCUGCAACAUUCAGCACCAAAUAGGAGCGUGCUGGGCCUCUAUGGCCUCUUGACGUAAGAGGAAAAUCUCAAUGGUGGGCUGGGAGAGAUAUCAAGAGCUCUGAAGGCCAGGCUGCUCUCAGAGGAGGUAGAAGAAGCAGGCAUUUCCAAGGGGCAGCCUUCAUCCUCAUCCUUGGCACGCUGACAGCACCACUGCACCCCUUCUUCCUCACAGGAUCAUGCCACGGCGGUCACAGGGCACAAUGCCUGCAGCGACACAGCCCCAGGAGAGCCCUGGGACUCGCUCCAUAUUUUAGCCCCGCAGUGUGAGGUAUACGUGUGUGUGGGCCCGGCGGAGGGCGCGGAGAGGUGAGUACCAGCCGGGAGCCCUGCUGCUCCAGCAAGCCCCUUCGGUGGGAAGAACGGAGGAGGGGGAGCGGGAAGCCAAGCAGAGGAAAUCAGCCGCCUUUUCCCUGAUGCUCUGCACGCUGGUGCCUGGGAAAAAGGACUGAGAAAUCCCCAUGCCAUGCCUUCUGACCAUUCCUCUGGGCUGUCCCUGGAGAGGUCAGGGGGCCCCUGAAAGAGUCUCCUUCAUCCUCAUUCCCUCCAAAGCAAGGCUGGUGGUCUCAGGACCACCACUCUGCCAGCCUCUGCCCAUCCAGUAGAGAGUGAGUCAGUGUGGCUUGGGCUGCCAGUGCUGUCACUCGCCCCCGAGCUCUGCGGGCUGUGCUGACCACCAGCUGUCCUCUCUCCCUGCCCCACAGCUGGCACGAGAGCAGGCGAUAUCCCCCACUCAGCCCCGAAGCUGAGGGUGAGCACAGAGAAACUGGCACCGACCCCAGCGCCUGUGCCGAAGCCAACUCCACGCUUGCCAGGGUGAGAUGGGGAUCUCUUGUGGUUUGGGUUAUUUUGGUCUCCCCAGCUCCCUUGGCCCUUCAAUGCCACUUUGGCUGGGCCCAUUCAGCAGGUUCCUGGGCUAACAGACAUGUUGAAUUUGCCCCUCUGGCUCUCCUGCCUCAGGCAGAUGGAAGAAGGAGCCCAUCAUGUGCAGGGAGGUAGAUUUGAUGAUCCUUAUGAGUCCCUUAAAACUUGAGAUAUUCUAUGAUUCUAAGGUCCUGAGAUGCAAGGGGGGAUCAACUGAGACUCUUAGUCCCCACAAAGGAGGCUCUCCCCCUAAAGAGAUCAUGAGAUUUGCUCUUGGAUACUCCCAUGUGGACUUUUCUAUGUUGUUUCUUGCCAUCGUUGGUCUGGCAUCAUCUUAUACUCCCACAGCUCCUCUUCUGGUUCCUUCUUACCAGCAGCUUUGGGCUGAACAGGCUGAAGGGGAAAUGACCCGCUUGUGGGACAACACUUUGGGAUCGGGCAAACGGGACAUGAUGAGCUACUUGGGCCGUAAGGAGGAGGUGCGGUCACAAGCCCCACAGGCAGACAGACCCAGGUGGGCUCAGCCUGUUCCCUCUGGAUCAUGGGUGAGAACUGAAGCCCAGGACUUUAGGAAAGAAAUCUGUCCACUGAAAGCAGAGCACCGUCCUGCCAGCCAGAAGCGUGAGGAGAGCUGGCCAAAGCACCGAAAAACUGACCCUCCCUGGUCAUCCACCCUGCCGCGUGCCCCAGCCGGCUCCCCGCCGGCCCGCAGUGACCUGUGGGGCGGCGGUGGGCACCUCCCUGGCCCACGGGCUCGGGAGUCCCACGGGCACUCCGGUGGAGGGGGUGCAGAGGGGCGGCACGGGCUGGAGAGGCAGGAGUACACGGUGCUGGCAGACCUGCCCAAGCCCAAGCGCCUCAGCCAGCGGGAUGCUGUUGACCGCUAUGGCUCCCGGACACUCAGCCCUGGCCGAGUGGAGGUGGAGAAGAUAUUUGGAUGCGAACGCAGGAAAUCAGAGACGCUGGAGGCCUUCCAGGCCCUGGAGGAGGGCCGUGUGGACCGGCUCGAUGGCAAGACGCCGGUGCCACCCAGCAAAGGCCACCUAACUCGGAGGCGGUCCAGCCCCAACCUGCCCAGGGAGGGUCAGCGACUCUCCUGGCAGCUCGAGCAGCGCGGCAGAGACCCCAAGCAGCCCCGACGUUCCCCCAGCCCAGCUCGGCACCCCGAGAAGGCCAGCAGGACCCGGGGGGACUCCCCACGCCCUGCCAGCCCUGGCUGGCUGCUGGAGAGAGGCAGCCGGAGCCCACGCUCUGUGAGCCCAGCCCGCAGGUCGGAGAGGAGAGCAGGGGAGCCCGUGAACCCUCCCUGUCGCACUGAGAAAAGCUGGAGAAGCCGAGGGGACCCUGCCCGCCCCCCAAGCUCGGAUAGGGGCCGAGCCACCUGGCAAGCAGGGGGUACACGGCAAGCACUGGAGAAGAAAAGCCGAGGGGAUUCCCUGCACUCCGCAGGUGCUGGGAAGGGCUCAGAUAAUGUCAGGCUGAGCCGGGCAGGGCCAUCACCGUGGGCCCUCAGUCCUGGGAGGCGUACAGAGAGUACAAGGAAAAGCCAAAAGGAGAUCUCCCCUCCCAGCUUGGUGCGGGGGGCAGAGAGGCAACGAGUGAAGCCGGGGGAGCCGCUGCACCUUUCAGGGCCCAGGAAGCCAUCGGAAUGCAGCUGGCAGAGCCUCCGGGAAAAGCUGACAUCCUCCCAAGCUGGAAAGGGCACCAGCAGUGACUGCAAAGGCCGAGGCAAGCCCCUGCGCCCCACAAGCCCAACACGACCUCUGGAGCAGGACUGGAGGGGCCGGGGGGAUGCCCACCACCCACAGGUGCGGGAGAAGGACUGGAAGCGCCAAGAGAUGCCUGUGUGCCACGCGGAUGUGAUGCGCCAGCUGGAAAGGGACCGGAAAAGCCCUACUAGAUGUCUGGAUGUGGGACUACGGUCGGAUGACAGCUGGAUAAGGCCUGAGAGUCCAGCACAGCAUCUGGAGGAGGACUGGAAGGGUCCUGAGCACACACGAGAUACACACAACCCUGAGAAGCCACUGGAAACUGACUGGGGGAACAAGAGUCUUCUCAUCUACCAUCCCCAGCUGGGUGGAAGCACCUUCCCACAGCAAAGCAGCACUGGCUCCUCAGGAAGCCCACAGCCACAUUUGAAUGCCAGUAAGAAGCACAACAAGCAAGAAGCAUCACCUUAG